AUGGACGACAUCACCUACCGCCAAGCAACUCCCGAUGACGUGGUGGCGUUGUUGAGUGUGAUGGAUCUCGCUCUUGGCUCUGAGGAUGAAACGGUAACGAAGCCUGACGAGCUUCCUGCAAGAAUUGAGCGCUGGUUGCCACGCCUGAGCGACCCCUCCAUAAUCUUUUGGGUAGCUGAGGCGGAGGGUCGAGUGGUAGCGUGGACGCGAGGCCAGCAGCCUAUCCCCUGCCACCGCACCGCCGGAGGUGUUGAGUACGAAGCCGAGUGUGGACGCGGCAUCGGCAAGACGCUAUGGCGCAUGAUGUGGGACGCCACGCUCGCCCUCCUACAGCCAAAGAACUUCAUCGUUUGGUCUGUCCCGGGCGCCAUAGGCUUCUACAAGUCGCUCGGUGGGACGGAGAGCGAGAAGAGAUCCUUCUGCGACACGGAGCCGCUUGAUGUGCACACUGCCAUUGUUUGGCCAGACGCCUCGGACAGCGCACACAAACUCUUGUGA